AUGGGGAACGCUCCGCCGAGGAAAAACAGGUGGCAGCAGAACACUCAAGAAAUACCCUGGGCUCCAAAAAAUCAAAGCUUCAGAGAGAGGACACCCAGAUGCUGGGACGGCUGCGUUGCCCAAGGGUGUUUCUGCCUUCCAUGGAAAAAAGGACGCAUUUGUAAAGCAAAGCCAGAUUCCUCAGAGGAGAAUAAAAGAAUGUCAUCUGCUCCCAUGCAGGACAGUGCUGACCAGAGCUCCUCGGAGGAUCUCUGCUACACCCUCAUUAGUCACAGCGUCCUUGGGAGAAGGCCAUCAGGGAUCUCUGCCGAGAGGUGCUAUGAGAAUGUUUCCCCUAAGACCGAGAAACCCAGGAAUUACUUGAGAGAAACUGAGACUUCGUAUGCACUUCUCCGGGUGCAUUCCUCUCCAAGCAAUUUGUCUUCCCCAGAAGAUGAAUAUGAACUUGCCUAGUAGAAUCUCCUUCCAUGCCCUGCAACAGCCACAUCUACCUCUGCUACCUUCAAAGGCUCAGGUUUCCUAUUUAUAAUGAAAUAGUUGGACCAGCACUUGUCUAAUA